AGCCUUGCCAGGCACAAGAGAUGCACUGAGUGGCACGGGGUCUCUGUGGCCAGUGCCCUGCCAUGGAGGAGGAGGGAUCUCUGCCAGUGGCUGCCUGGCUGGCCGCCCUUCACCUUGACCAGUACGUGGAGAGCUUCCAGCAGAGCAACCUGUGGUCGGUGUGGGACUGCCGGGCGCUGACGGACGAGGGGAAGUGCCGGGGUGACAAACUCCGCUUCCCACCGGCCUCCCCGAGCCCUGCCCAUGCUGCCGACCGGCCCUGCGGGGUCCCUGCCGCCUGCCCAGUCCUGCUGCCCCCGGAGCUGCCCUGCAAGGCCAGCGUCCCCUUCGUGCCCGAGUUCGAUGACUCGGACUACGAGGACUCAGCCUGGGAGGAGGAAUUAGCCAGACCCGUGGGGGAGAUGGCCAAGCCCGACGCCUUCCCCGGCGGCAGCCCCGGCACGCUCGGUGACAGCAUGGAGGGCACCGGUGCCACCGCCCCGCUGUCACCCACCAUCAGAGCGGGGUGGCUGGACAAGAACCCACCACAGGGGUCCUACAUCUACCAGAAGCGCUGGGUGAAGCUCGACGCUGACUACCUCCGCUAUUUUGACAGUGAAAAGGACGCCUACUCCAAGCGGCUCAUUCCCGUCUCCUCCAUCUCCCGCGUCACCAGCGUCGGGGACCAGAAGUUCGAGGUCAUCACCAACAACCGCAACUUCGUGUUCCGGGCCGAGAGUGAUGCGGAGCGUAACGAGUGGAUCCGGACCCUGCAGCAGAUUGCAGAGGAGCGGAAGAGCAAAGCUCCGGAGAGGACACUGAUGUCCUUGGCCACCGACGGUGCCCCUGAGCCAGCCGAUAAGAGCGGCUUCCUGGAGCUGCGGGGCUUUAAGCACAAGCUCUUCGUGGUGGUGGCUGGGGACAAAGUGUUCCUCUACAAGAAUGCAGAGGACUAUCGGCUGGGGAUUGGCAUCACCUACAUUGAGAUGAACGUGGGGAACGUUAAGGAGGUGGAUCACCGGGGCUUCGACCUCACCACACCAUACAGACUCUUCAGCUUCUCUGCUGACUCGGAGCAGGAGAAGGAGGAAUGGGUGGAGGCCAUGCAGCAGUCCAUCGCCGAGGCACUCUCCAACUCCGAGGUGGCUGAGAGGAUCUGGGCGGUGGAGUCCAACCGCUGCUGUGCUGACUGUGGCUCCCCCAAGCCUGAAUGGGCCUCCAUCAACCUCUGUGUUGUCAUCUGCAAGAGAUGUGCAGGGGAGCACCGGGGAUUGGGCCCUGGCAUUACUAAAGUUCGGAGUCUGAAGAUGGACAGGAAGGUGUGGACUGAGGAGCUGAUCAAGCUCUUCCAGCAGUUUGGCAAUGCGAUGGCUAACGAGUUUUGGGCUGCAAAUGUGCCCCCGAGCGAAGCCAUCGGCCCCACCAGCGGCAGCCAGGAGAGGAGGCGCUUCCUAAUCGCCAAGUACCGGGAGGGCAAGUACCGCCACUACCACCCGCUCUUCGGCAACCAGGAGGAGCUCGACAGGGUGAUGGGCUCCUUCCCUUCCCUUCCAGCCAUCCAGGGGGAACACGAGGUGCUGGUGCUGGUGGAGAGGCGGAGGCCCCCAGGGCCAGCCUUCCUGGGGGUUGUGGACACACAGUGGGGUCUGGGGGGCGCCUGGCCCCCUGCUGAGGCCAGUCGUGCCGGCAGGACGUUGUACAUCCAAGGGGAGCGGAAGCUGGAUUUCCUGGGCUGGGUCCAUGCCAUCCAGAAGGCCGCGGGCAGCUCGGGAGACACCUUGUCAGAGCAGCAGCUGACGGAGUCGGACGUGCCGCUGCUGGUGGAUCGCUGCAUCGACUACAUCACACAGUGCGGGCUGACGUCUGAGGGCAUCUACCGCAAAAGCGGGCAGAACUCCAAGACCACCAGCCUGCUGGAGGUGCUGCAGCGGGACGCGCGCCGCGUUCGCCUGAAGGAGGGCGAGCACCACGUGGAUGACGUGGCCAACACCCUCAAACGCUUCUUCCGUGACCUCGGGGAUGGGCUCUUCACCCGGCAGUGGGCCCCGGACUGGCUGUGGGCCACGGCGCUGGAGGAUGAGGAGGCGAAGGUCAGCGAGUACCGGCAGCUCCUGGGUGCCCUCCCCCCGGUGAACCGGGCCACGCUCAAGGCUCUCAUCAACCACCUCUUCCGGGUCCAGUGCUUCUCUGGGGAGAACCAGAUGAACACGCACAACCUGGCCAUUGUCUUCGGGCCCACGCUCUUCCAGACGGAUGGGAAGGACUACAAGGCAGGGCGUGUGGUGGAGGACCUCAUCAACCACUAUGUGAAGAUCUUUAACGUGAAUGACCAAGAGAUGAAGAAGCAGCAGGAUGAAAUCAUGGCCAUCAUGAAGAUGCGAGAGGCGUCAUCCAGCGGAAUGCAGCAAGCUGGGGACUUCAUCUGCACCGUCUACCUGGAGGAGAAGAAGACAGAGACAGAGCAACAUGUCAAAAUCCCGGCCACGAUGACAGCUGAGGAGCUGACCUUUGAGAUCCUGGACCGGAGGAAAAUUGUCAUGAAGGAGAAGGACUACUGGAGCUGCUUCGAAGUGAAUGAGAGGGAGGAGGCAGAACGACCCUUGCAUUACUCUGAGAAAGUCCUGCCCAUCCUGCACUGCCUGGGGACAGAGAGUUACCUGGUGGUGAAGAAGCAGAUGUCCAUGGAGAACAUGCUCAUCUACCUCGCCAGCAGAGUGGGUGACUGCAAGCACGGCAUGAUGAAAUUCCGGGAGGAGAGGAACCUGCUGGGGCUUGGGCUGAGCACCGGCUUCCACGAUCGCUACUUCAUCCUCAACCACUCCUGCCUGCGCCUCUACAAGGAAGUGAGGAGCCUGAGGCAGCGGAGCCCCCCCUUGGAGAGCAGCCACAAGCCAGAGAAGGAGUGGCCUGUCCGAAACCUGAAGGUCUACCUGGGCGUUAAGAAGAAGCUUCGACCCCCGACAUGCUGGGGCUUUACAGUCUUCUAUGAAAAUGAGAAGCAUGAGAAGCAGCAAUGGUACCUGUGCUGUGACACCCAGGCCGAUCUGCGGGAGUGGUUUGCCACCUUUCUCCAGGUGCAGAAUGGGGGGGCCCUGUGGCCCUCGGAGCGCCCCAGGACGCGGGCGGCGCGGCCGCAGCAGGACACCAGGUUGGGUAACAUCUCCCUCAUCCCGCUGCGGGGCAAUGAGAGCGAGAUGAGGAACAGUGUGGCUGCUUUCGCUACUGACCCCCUAACCCUCCUGCGGAACGUCUGAGCUGGAGAACUGACAUGCCAGUUCAUGCCAGGUGGGGCAGCCCUCGAGGUCCUGUGCCAGCCCCAGCACCCCGGCCCCUGCCGGGGGCCCUGCUGCCUCUGGAGCCUCCCAUGGCCUCUCACCUUCCACCACGGUGACCCACGGGCAGCCAGGAGUGGAGAUGGCAGCAAGGCCACCCACCCCUGUGGAGCUGGGCUCAGGAGCCAUGGCCAGGCAGCCCACGGGAUGCCAGCCCCCUGACCCCGCUGCCUUUGGCCACCACUUCUUCUCCCAGCUCCGGGCAAAGAGGCAGAGCCCGGCUGGGGGCUGUGGUUGAGGGUUUUUACUUUUCCUCCUCCAUCCCCUAUUUUUAAUUCCUUCUCCUCUAAAACGACAAGGCAGGUGGGAGCUGCCCUUAGGGUGGGAUGUGGGACCAGCCCUUCCCAUGGGACGCAAACCUGGCCAUAGGCACCAGUGUCCUCAUGCUCCCGUCACUCCUGGGGAAGGGUCCCCUCCGUGCUGGACAGGGCAGGGUGACAAAAGCCUCAGCAUCCCCCCCAAACUGGGGAGGGGGUGCACCCGGCCUCUGUCUCCCAUCCACCAGGGUACAGGUGGCAGGAGCAGCCCCUGCUUCCUGCUGCUGCCUCUGGACAAUAUUAAAGGUCUUGAGAAACAGA